UUUUUUUCCUCUUUUCCUCUAUAAAAGUCUCGUUCAUGCACCCCCCAACUAUAAUCCCAUCUUUGCGACUUCAGAAAACAAAAAAACAAAAAAAAAAAUCUUCAAAUCUUCUCUUCAAUAUAAGUCUCCUAAGAAGUUUCUCAGAAACAGUGAGCAAAAAAAGAGUUCUCCCGAACAAAGUAAACCCAUUACCGAAAACAAAGCAAAUUUUUACAAAAACUAAAACUUUCUCCAGAAAAUAAAAAGAGAGAGAGAAGAAUCAGAUCUGAGAGGGAUAAUCAAAAACAAUGUGUCUGGUGUGUUUAUGUGACGAGGAAGAGAUAGAGUUAGGGCGGCAACAAGCACCUGGAUCGUGUCCGUAUUGUGGAGGUAAGGUGCAAAUGCUUGAUGUCGAAAGAAAAUGGAUGUUCUGUUUCGUUCCUCUUUGUUUCAAGAUCAAGAGAAAGUACUUGUGUUCUUCUUGCGAUCGUCGUCUCGUUUUGUAUCAUUAAAUUAAUUAUUAAUAUUUUUAUUUAAUAUCCCUAUCUUGAUAAUUAAAGUAAAUGAAUUAGCGUUGUAAUUAAGAAAAAUAAUUUUAGUCGGUGGUUCUUGGCACGGUUAGUAUAUAUCUAUGUCGUGUAAACCGACAUUGAUCCUUUAGAAGUUCAGUAGAACUCUCUUGAUCCAAACUUGAUGUACUUUUUCUUUUGGCUUCGAGUGUCUUCUUAAGUCGGUCCAAGUUGAAUAUCUAAUGGAUAUUAUAUGUAAUGGUGUUUUUAAAUAUGUAAUGAUGAAAUCUCAAGUUUGGUGUUA